AUGAGCUGCCAUCAUUGUGUUUUCCGAGACCAAAUUAUCUACGCGUGUCUCUAUAUUUCAAUCCAUUGGAUGCUUGUUCACGCUAACUGGGAAGAAACUUUGAACCGAAUUCAACGUAGCAGUCGCAGUGGGCGCACAACGAAUGAAGAACUGGAAAGACUAAGCUCAGCACUUAAUCGAUAUUCACAUGAGUAUCCAUUUCUCCAACCUUUGCCAUCUAAUUUUCGGCUGCCUUAUGAUACGAACUCUAGCUUUUUCGAUAGCACAAACAUCACCCUUGCCGAUGGAAGCACGAUAGGCGCUGCAAACAGCUCUCAGCGACAUUUUAUGAAUGAGUCAGAAAUAGACUCAGUUGAAAGUCUGCCGUUGCAGUCAGAUGAUUUAUUCGUGGACAGCCAACUCCCCCCACCCCAUGAUGUCGUUAAAUUCACAGAACCGAAAACCCACGUGCAACAUCGAUGGUGGCUCCUAUCCGAGAUUUGUAUGUCCAUUGUUGCCAUGGUUACACACAGUGUGUGGUUAUUUCUCAGCACAUUCCGACUGUUUACUACACACGUGACUGCUAGAAAAAGGCUGCUUCUCUUGAGGAACGAUCGAUUAAGUGCGCUUCUUGACCAGCAAUCCUACCAGCUACCGCCUUCCGGAAAUCGCUCCUCAGAUAAAUGCCUUUAUUAUGGCCUGCAGUUUCAUUUGGGUUGCAUUGGCUUCGUGUACGCGUUGUCUUUUCUAAUCGGGAAAUCGUUUCGCCUAUCACAUUCACCUCUUACAAGACCUGGUUCAACCUUGAAGAAAUCCUCCCCCAGCCCUUGGAACACAUUCCAGAUCAUUUGCGACAUCACCCGAACGACAUCCUUGAUCUUGCUGACCGUCUACUGGUUGAAUUUGAUGAUUUUGUGUGUGCUACAUGUGCGACUCCUGAAAAGUCUGCUCAAAGUACCUUUUGCGAAGUCGGAACAAUCUAGAGGGGAGCAUUUUUUCUACUAUUUUCACUUUGGCGCUUCGUGGAUUUAUGGAAUUCUACUUCGAUUAGCAUCUCUUCUGUUCACUAAUUUCCCAACAGUUCAAGGUCCCAUAAUGGCUAGCAAAUCACCCGCUGCUCCAGCAUUUGGUGUGCGGAUCCUCUCACUUGACUGUCAACUGUGUUUGGAAAGCGCGCCCGGAGAUACCAGUCCUCAACUGACAUGUACUUUCUCUUCGGUCGAGUUACUAUUAGAACUGGUGAUCGAUUUUUUAGGUGAUUUUGCACCUGUCAUCGCUGUCACUAUUGUUAACGCCCUGUUAUUCUCGUUAGUACUGAAAUGGAACAGAAUGAGUAGAAAGAUCAGUGAAUCUACCGUCAUAUUCGAUGGGCGGGGGGAAAGUGAAGGGUCGCGGAACGUGUGCACAAAUGAAAAUGGUCGCGCAAGUUCCGUGGACAUUCACGAAAGAUGCACAGGAAACAAACAGCUCAGGAUAUAUCUUGGGAUAUUCCUAUCCGUCAUUACUCCACUCGGAUGGACUGCCUGUAUUAAUCAGGUGACCAGAAUAACCAAUCACCUGCUGUUUGUAUUGUACUCCUUAGUUUCUUGCAAAUCCACCAACACUUGGUUUUCAAGUGAGUACAGCUCAAAACACCCUCAUUAUUGGCCUAAUCAUGCCAACGAUUUGAUUGAAAUUGCUAUUUUAGCCUGCAUUCCAGUGGGGCUUAUUUCCGCCCAUUGUAUUCCAAGAGAAAACAGACAAACAGCCCUUGAUAUGGAAGAGUCAGAGCCGCCGGCUUGCACCACCAGCUUUACUGUGGACAACGAAGCAAUCACGUGCCCUAAACCUUUGAUCACACCCUUUGAACUUCUGCAGCUGAAUGCUCUCAGCAGAGCCGAAUUUACUUCACAACAAUUCACACCAACCACGACAGUAAGCAUACAACCGGACUUGUGUACUCAACUGUGUCCACCGACAGAUCUUUCAUUGUGUUCCAAUUUGAAAACAAGUUACGUCCCCAUUUCUGUGCAGGUAGUGAGUCUGCCAACCUUUUGUUGCCAACCGUGUACUGUGGCGAUCGAUCAAGCUACGGUUACACCUGAGACACUGGCGGACCAGUCCUCUUUGUCAAGGGCUCACAACAGACCUUCGUUGGAACGGGGUGAGAAACCAGUGGAAAUGUAUAUAAUAUCUCGAGCAGAUGUUCCUUCCCAAUUAUAG